AUGCCAAUUUCUUGGUUAUUUCUAAGCGCGUCCUGUGGGACUCUCAGCCAUGUCAGGCGCAAUGAUACAUUGAGUUUCGCCCUCAACCUCCUUCACGAAUCGAUGAAUUGGAUGGACAUGUACUACGACACCGAAACAGGGUAUCUCUACUCCCUAAAUGCGGCUGCCUUGACGCAUGAAACACGCGCAUCGGCUUGGUAUGCAUCAGGACUAUUGGCCAGGAACGAGGGCAACGAUGUCGAGCAAGCGGUGAGGAUUAUCCGGAAUGUCAUCGAUGGUCAGCACAAAAAUGCCAGCUCCCAAUGGUAUGGAGACUACCAAAUCUACCCUGAAGAACCUACCGUCGGCAGGGAGCAGUAUCCGCCGGUAAUCUACAAUUCCUGGGAUCCGAAUUGGAGAGGCUUCAUAGGAACGACUUUCAUUCUGAUACUCGAGGAGUUCCCGCAUCUAAUUCCGCAUGAAAUCCAGGAAUAUAUGCUAGAGAGUUUGUAUAAUACGAGUAUUGGCGAUAGCUACCGUGUUGGAGGAGUUGAUGAUGAUAAUCUCUACCCGGCUUACAGCAACCCUUCGAUCAUGAGAGCAUUUGUGACUGGGUGGACGGGCCGACGACUUAACGAGUCUAACAUGACUACUGCUGGUGAAAUCUACGCAAAAGAGGUCAUCGAUCUGUUCACUCGAGCCAAUACACUAUCGGAGUUCAACUCAGGCACCUAUGCUGGUGUGUCCCUGUUUGCCCUGACCCUUUGGGCGAAAUACAUGCCGGAAUCAUCGUCCAUGGGGCAAUAUGGCGGCGACAUGAUCAGAAAAACUUGGGCUACACUGGGCUCCUUGUAUAAUGCCAACUUGAAGAAUGUGGCAGGGCCGUGGGAUCGAAGCUACGGGUAUGAUAUGAACAGGUAUCUAAGCAUUCUUGCCUUGCAGAUGUGGACACUGGUCGGGAAAAAAAAUGCACCCAUCAAUGCAAAGCCGUAUGCCAUGGGCCACAAGGACGACUUUGCCAUCGGCCCUCUUGUGGCUAUACUCGCCCCCUUUCACAACACCCUUAUCGACAACGAGACUUUUAACUCACUUUUGACAUUUCCUGGUACCCACACUGUCCAGACCUCCGCGUUCUCGCCACCCUACGACACCUACCCUCGCAACAUUACCGCUUGGAUGUCCCCGUACCUCACUAUCGGUUCCGAAACUUUCUCUGAAAAUGUCUUCGGUGGGCCAGCAAGGAGCUCCAAUAGCUUCAAUCCUGCGGUUGUUCAAUGGGCAAGGAAUGACGGGACCGUUGGCUGGUUGACGUUGCAUGCUCAAGUCAUGGAUUUGAUUGCAGUGGCAGGCGAGAAAACACUGAAUCUUACCUACCCUAGCGGCAACAGCACUAGCACCUUCACUUUCUUGGUAGGAACUAAUUCAAGGGCAGGUAAGCGUGACGUUGCCAGCUGGGCGGAUGUUGAAGGUAUGAGUGUGAAUAUUUCCGGGACGAUUGAUCCGGGGUAUGUAGUUUCGUUUAAUGGUUUGGUUGGAGGCGCUGGGGAGACGAUCAACAAUUUCGAGUUCUGGAACUUCACAUACAGUAUGCCUUCCGACAGCGUGGACAUACCAAAUGUACUGCUCAAAUUUGACCUCUCACGAUAA